AUGUCAAGCUCAUGGUCGCAGGCACUCGUUAGGAUCUCUCCUUACAAUUUCGCCGCCGUUGGCAUCGCCAUCUCCAUCGGUGUUUCCGUACUCGGCGCUGCCUGGGGGAUUUAUAUAACUGGGAGUAGUUUAAUUGGUGCUUCAAUCAAGGCUCCUCGCAUUACUUCUAAGAAUCUCAUCAGUGUAAUCUUUUGUGAGGCUGUUGCUAUAUAUGGUGUUAUUGUAGCAAUUAUUCUACAAACAAAACUAGAGAGCGUUCCAGUAUCACAGAUAUAUGCCCCUGAGUCUCUUGCAGCUGGAUAUGCAAUUUUUGCCUCUGGGAUCAUUGUGGGCUUUGCAAACCUUGUCUGUGGAUUGUGCGUGGGUAUAAUUGGAAGCAGCUGUGCUCUGUCUGAUGCGCAAAACUCAUCUCUUUUUGUGAAGAUUCUUGUGAUUGAGAUCUUUGGUAGUGCGCUCGGGUUGUUUGGAGUGAUUGUUGGAAUUAUUAUGUCAGCUCAAGCAACCUGGCCUGCAAGUUCAGCAUAA